CCCAAACUACUUCCUAUGGUCUCUGUACCUCUGAAAACGUCCCUUCACUUUCAUUUCCACUGUCUCUGCUAAGGUCUCAGGACCCAUCAGCUCUACAAAGUCCUCUGACUCCACCUUGAGGAACAAAGGAGUGAUUACAACUAUCACAGAAUGACAAAAAUAUGAUACAAAUAUAAUACUGAAUAAUGUUUUCUGAUCUAUGCUUGUUUGUGUCUUUACUGCAUUUAAUAACCACUCGCUGAAGACAUAUUCACACAUGAUCAAAUAAUUUUAAUGGAUAACUUUCUUUAUAGAGUUUGCGGCGUAUGCCAAUACCAAUAUGUAUCAGAUGUGUACUGUUAUUUCCAGAUGUUUUUAAUUCAUUUGACUCUAUAUAUGACAUCACAAAUAUUUCAGUAUUAGAACUAUAUAUUCUGCCUCUUAGAAAACGUAGAUCUGUUUUUUUUGUUGUUGUGUAAGUUAUUUCCUGUUAGAAACUGAAAGUAAAUUUGACAGCUGGCUUCAGCUCAGGGUUUUCGACUUGCAAGUCAGCAGGGGAAAUGAUUGAUAUGGGACUAGACCAGUCCUCUUCAGCAUUGUGAGGUCUCCUCUCUGAGAGUUAUAAUGAGUUAUCACCAGGGGGCUGAGGGUGGAGCCAUCCAUAAAGAAAGAUGUAAGGAUGGGUCGCCAUACAAGGAUCUUGAUGAGACCAUGGACCCUGAUAUGAGUGGCCCUCCAGAGAGAGCAGAGUCUAUUUCCUCUGGUUUUCUAUCAGUGAAGACUGACCGAUCCAUGGAUUUCCCUCUUCAUUUCAAAGGAGCAGACUCUCUACAUAACAAAGGGCCAGUAGACGUAUCCUGUGAUAUCUGCUCUCAGGUCCAAGCUGUGAAGUUCUGUCAGACCUGCAGUGUGUCCUACUGUGAGACCCACAUCAGACAGCACUAUACAAUAGCAGCACUGCAGAGACACACACUGGUGGAUGUGACUGGAGACCUGGUGCAGAAACUCUGUCAACAUGACUACAGUCCUCUGGAGGUGUUCUGUAGGACAGACCAGAUGAUGAUCUGCAGUCAGUGUGCAGAGACAAACCACAAAGGACAUGAUACCAUCCUCCUUGAGACAAAGAAAGCAGGAAGACAGCCUAAGAGUUUUGAUAGAGACCAACACACAACGUUGGCCGCGGAUGAUGUGCUGCCCCCUCCUGGUGACAUCCAGGUCCUGUUGCUGACGUCAGACUCUGUGUCUCUGAGCUGGGGUCCUCCUGAAGAGUUGAAGGGACCACAGAAGUUCAGAGUGACCUGGGGUUGUGACGUGGAACCGUGCAGUAUAGGGGUGAAAAAUGUUCACGAAGUUGAAAUAAGCAGACUCAACCCUGGUAAAAAGUACCAGUUCAGUGUGGCUACAGAGGGAGAAGAUGGAAGCCAAAGCAGAUGGAUCUCAGCAUCCCUAUCCGCAGUACCUCCUGCUCCAGACCACCUGAAUGUUGACUCAGUGGACACCACAUCAGCUGCUGUUAGCUGGAGCCAGCCACCAGGAUUGGACCAAACCCAACAUCAGUACCAUAUCUCCUACCGCUGUCCAGGGACAGAACCACACAUCACUACCACAUCUUCACCCAGCAUCACUCUCUCUGACCUGCAAGGUGGUACUCAGUACUCUGUCUCUGUCUGUACUGUGCUGGAAGAUGGAAGGAAAAGUCAACUGGUGUUAACAACCCUCACCACAAGAUCCUAUCUGAUGGGGCUGUUGUCAAAGACUGGACUGGAAGAUCAUUAUGAAAACAAGUUGACAUUAAGUACUGUCCUUGAGAUAAAUGCUGAUACUACAUCAGAUGAACCUCUUACCACUAUGCAGUCACUUCCAGGGGCCUUCCUGAAGAAGUUAAUGAUGGCAAAUCUGAAUGCUAGGAGUGUCAAAUGUAUGUCCACUGAUGCAGAAGUUUCAUUUCCGGGUACAGACCGUUUUGAGAAUCUAAAAAGUGACUCUGAUAACAGUGAUGUCAUUAAUCCACUGGACCUGAUAACUGCCCUGUUUCUGUGCUCAGAUGGUUUCCUGCAGCAGGAGAUGGUCCAGAAAAUGUCCAUGUGUCAGUUUGCUGUUCCUCUCCUGCUGCCCAACUGUGACACAAAACAAAGCACUUUGAUGCUGUGGGCCUUGAGGGACAUAGUGAAGAAGUUUAGACUCUCUACCCAAACAGACACAAAGGCUUUUGUGGAGGAGAGAAUUGUACUCUCUGAUAUUCACAUGGUGUCCUUUGUUAGGUUAGGUGAGAUUAGAGUGUCCAAGUCUCAGAUCUUGAACAAACUGCUUAGUAACCCUCAGCAGUACCACGACACAUUUGUUCAUCAUGAUAUGGAAUGUGGCGACAUCCCCCAUAGAAUUUCAGAUGGUCUGGUUGAAAUCAGCUGGUACCUUCCAUGUGGGAACAGAAACAUAGACAUCUUCACUAAGCCUAUGGUGGUGGCCAAUCUCAGAGGAGACAUCAGGUCCUUUGAAAAACAGUUCUCCUUUCUGUGUCAAACAUCAGCUGCAGUUUACAUUUUCACUGAUGAUUUAAAGGCAGAUCUCAAUUUGUGGAAAAGCAAAAAUACAAAAGCAGAGAUAUUUCUGGUCGUCAACUCUCAAAGAAAAUCAUUCAGAGUAGACACAUUAAAACAAAUGAUCACAAACUGCAGUAUCAAUGACCAAAAUGUGAUUGUCAAGAAAAAGAAAAACGAUGCAGAAUUUGUCAAAACCCUGCAAUCAUCUGUUGGUGACAUCAUUGAAAAUAGUCCAGACCGGUUGACAGUGGAAAACAUGACUGACAUAGCUCGUCACAGUGGGAUUCUGGUUGAUGAAGACCGCCAUGACUGUCAGAGUGCCAGGAAGAUGGCAGAUGAAAUCACCAGCAACAUCCCAGACACAGUCACAUUUAAAGACAAACAGCUACCCUUACAGGGGCAAGUCUGGAAAGAGCUUUCCCAGUUGGAGAAAGAGAGAUGUAGACUGAGAAAACAAGGGGAUCAAGACAUUGAACACUACAGGAGCUCUCUGAAGGAGAAGGAGGAAGAGCUGAGAAAGAAACAAUAUACAUUUUACAUGUCAGAUGCAAUGAAAAGCUUCAUUUUAGGAUUGUCAGGUUCAGGAGCUGAGCGUUCCUAUUUCCUCAAAUGGAUGCAGAUAAAUCUGGACAAUCUGUCACGUCAGAACCUGUCUGCUUUGCGGGACCAGAACAAAGAUCUUUGCCAAAAUUCUCCUGAGAAAAAAGAUGACAUUAAAGAUUUGGAUAAGCAAUUAUCUGACUGUUCCUUGGGUCUUGAACACUUCCUGCGUGAGUUGGGCCAGUUAUAUGAAGCUGCCUGCUCCCUCCCUGAAAGUAGCCUACAAAGGAAACAGAUGGAGAAUCUCCCUGGAUUGUGUGCUCAGAUGCUGUUGGAUGGUUUCCCCAUUGAGCUUGUGGAUGGAGAUGCAUCAAAUAUCCCUCUGAAAUGGAUAUCAGCUGUUCUGACUCGGCUGCAUAAUCUUGUGGACUCUAACAGCAAGAUCCGGGUUGUGACAGUUUUAGGGGACCAAGGUACUGGGAAGUCCACUCUCCUCAACACCAUGUUUGGAGUCCAGUUUGCUGUCAGCAGUGGAAGAUGCACUAGAGGGGCCUUCAUGCUGCUGAUUAAAGUCAACAAAGAACUCAAGGAGGAACUGAAAUGUGACUUCAUCAUGGUGAUUGACACAGAGGGGUUGAAAUCACCAGAGUUGGCUCAACUUGAUAAACACUAUGAACAUGACAAUGAACUGGCCACACUGGUAAUUGGACUCAGUGAUGUCACUAUCAUCAACAUUGCCAUGGAGAACAACACAGAGAUGAAAGACAUUCUGCAGAUUGUUGUUCAUGCUUUUAUCAGGAUGAAGGAAUUGGGGAAGAAGCCAGUAUGUCAUUUUGUGUACCAAAACGUGUCAGACAUGUCUGCUCAUGACAACAACAUGAGAGAGCGGAAGAAGUUGUUGGAACAAUUGAAUGAAAUGACCCAGGCAGCAGCCAGAAUGGAGAAGAAGGAGAAUAUCACCAAGUUCACUGUUGUGAUGGAGUAUGAUCCAGACACAAGCAGCUGCUACAUCCCAGGACUCUGGCAUGGGACUCCCCCUAUGGCUCCAGUCAAUGCUGGAUACAGUGAGGCUGUGUUUGAUUUAAAAAAGAGCUUGAUGCAAGACUUAAUCAAAUGCCAGAGUAAUGAUGACAUGACACAUUUCCUGAAGUGGACAGAAAGCUUGUGGGAGUCUGUCAAAUUGGAUAAAUGAAUUGUAAGUGUCAGAAACAGCUUGGUUGCAGAUGCAUACACCAGUUAAUGCUUUAAGUACAAUGGUUGGAACGGUCCUUCAAGAAGGACAUUUAUUCCUGGAUAAUGGGUGCUGAAAGCAGAAUAUAAAACAAAUCCAAACCCCCAAAUGAGCAUAUGAAACGUGCUGAAGGACUGGUCCUGUCAUCCCAAUGGUGGAAGCAGUUUAUUACUGUCACUAGGACAGCAGAACCCCUGCCCAUCAGGUUCUAAGUGUUCUAAGUUACCAGUUAGAAUAGUAGAAUACACAAGGUGCCAUUUAGAAAUGUGGUUUUAUAUCAGCAGGUUUUCUCUUGUUAUGUAAGUCACUGACAGUCAGUCAUUUAGCCCAUGUCAGCAAAACAUUUUUAGAUUUUUAGAUCUACUUCAGGAUUGGUGGGUCCCCUGCGGAAUGGUUGAGCUAAUGUAGGCUAAUGUGAUUAGCAUGAGGUUGUAAGUAACAAGAACAUUUCCCAGGACAGACAUAUCUAAUAUUGGCAGAAAGCUUAAAUUCUUGUUAAUCUAACUGCACUGUCCAAUUUACAGUAGCUAAUACAGUGAAUGAAUACCAUGCUAUUGUUUGAGGAGAAUGCACAGUUUUGAACAUGAAAAGUUACUAAUAAACAAAUCAGGCACA